AUGUUACAUAGAAUUACGAUGGAAAUCUUCAAGCAAACCAGAAGACGAAGGAGUCAAGAAAGAAGGCUUGAGCCAUCAACAAUAGCCCGUCACUGUGCAAAAUUCAACGUUUCCAAGAUGCCACUAAUAAAGAAGAGUGUGCUUCAAACUCUGCGGAUAUUUCUCACGACAAUGUAUCUAUUUCUCGUGCUGAUUACCAUUCCGAUAAGUUUCCAAGUUGGUGGGCUGAACUGUGGAUUGUCAUUUACUGUAACGUUAUUUGCUCUGUAUUUUGUUUCAACGACUUUCAAGCUAGUAUUACUGGACCGCGGAUCAGCGUUGUCAACCCUGAUUUAUUAUUUGCAGCAUCUUCUCAUUCCUUCAAUUUUAUUCAUGUUUUUGUCAUACUUUGAAAACAUCGACUCUGAUACUGUCGAUUCCGAGUACUUCAAAGUAUUUUGGAAUGUGAUGGUGAAGCCAUGGCAGCUAUCAUUGAUACAUUCGACUCCAGUGUUCACUCUACUGGAGGGUGUUUUCACCAUUCUCGCCAUUCAAGCCAUAGGGGAGACAGAGAGAUGGCUCAAGAUGUCUAGAAGAAGUAAUCAAUGGGUUAUUCUGAGUUUGUUGAUCAGUGGGGGAAUUAUUACGCUAUCACUAUUUUACUUUUACAGAAUAUAUGUCACUCCAAUGUGGGAACUCUCCACACCAAGUGCUUCACUACUUGGGUUCACAUUCUCAAUUGUUUGUGGUAUCGGAUUAUAUGGUAUAAACGGAUCAGGGUCAGUGAUGGAAAGCUCGUUGUUUUUUGCUUAUAUGGUUCGCAAUGUUUACGAAAUAAGUCCUAAGAUGGCGAUGAAUGCCAUGGACGAAAUAUUCGAUAUCGUUAAGGAAACAUGGAAAAUCCAUCAGGCUAAUUUGCCCAAGAAGGAUAAUCUUUUGGAACUCAUGACUAAAAAUUAUCGCGCCAUCUGGAGUCAGAUAGUAGAACACACGCCUCGGAACCAUAAAUAUAUUAAAAUGAUGGACCAAUGUAAAUGGAUUCUAAAUCCUUUGUGGAACUCAGUGAAGAAUUUCACUAAAAGCGUACCGAUAAGUAUCCAAGAAAUAUUCGUUGUGACAUUCAAGAUGGCCAAAGAAAGUCUAAUACCAGCAGUUGUAAUAAAUUUAGUGUUCAGACUACUGAUAUUUUACAGUGCAACACGUAUUAUACCGACAUUGCAGAGAAAUACAAAAGAACGUAGAAGUUUCAGAAGAAUAAUGAAUUUUGUGUACUGGUAUUCACCAUGCAUCAUUAUUGCAAUGUACACGCAUUUGAUUCUACGGUAUAGCGGUCAAUUGAAAAAUGAUCUCUGUAUAUGGGGAUGUUUCCCAUACGAAACAGAGCCAAAGAUCGUGGUUGAUUCAUGGUCCUUUUGGAAUUGGUGCAACAUUUAUUCAACCAUGUUGAUUUAUGCAUUAGAACUUAUGGGUAGUAACAAGUAG